AUGAAGAGCUUCUGGCUGCUCUUCUUGACUUUCUCCUUUGCCUCGGCGAACGGAACGACUCCGGGACUUUCACAAUGCGAAACCAGCGUCGGCGCUGCUUGUUCAGCUCAUUUCUGUUUCGCCGAGUUCGUUCACCACCCAGAAGUUUGUUUUUCCACUACCAAAUUUAUGAGACUCCUAUGAAUUUUCACUUGUGUUCUUCAAAUAACCUUUAACAACUUGAUCAAGGGGAUUCUGGAAGUGUAUGGAUGCGAGGGAAAUAUCAGCGGCCUUCCUCCAGACCUCUGCUGGCGGUUCAUUAACCGUACCGGAUCCGAUGCCACUUGUCUGAACUACGGUAAGUUGAGAUUUCUAGACAAUAAAAAAGAAGUUUCGUAGGCAAAAACAAACUUUGCUGCUGUAAAUCUAACUCCGCCGAGCUUUGCAAUCAGCAGUUCAAACCCUCCGAGAAAUAUAUAACCGUUUCGGCUGAGCACGUUUUUGAUAGCCGGCUUCGCAUCUGAAAAAGAAUCGAGUUUCAGUUGCAAAACCUGGGAAUAACGUUUUUGAUAAUGGCGACGUUGGCGGCCCUCGUGGCGAAGAUCGGCUCCCACUAUGACUCGAAAAACCGUCGCGUAGGCAUUUCCUACAAUGAAGACGUCAACAGAUACCACAACAUUUUGUUCUUCGCUAAGGUCCGUGGGCUUCUUUCUUUUCAUUCGAUUCAGAUCCCCAAUGAUCACAUGAGGAAGGGGUCGACUCGAAGUUUCCUCUGAUCUCGAAGCUACUUGCAGGCAUCAAAAACAUCAUGCUAGAUACCGAUUGCAGAUCUUGCUGAUGUCGGUCAUGCUGACCGUCUUUUGGGUUCCUUUCUCUCCUGACUGUUCGAAGCAUCCGUUGGGAAAGUUUCACGAAGCACAGAAGUUCGUUUUCGAGGUAUUCAAGAAUUUUGAUCGUAUGUGAUGAGCUUGAAAAGGUCGUGUCUCCGAAUAUUUUCGUCAUUUUCUACUUCACUUUGCCUGUCGGUCUUAUCUUUCUCGACUCUGUCGCCUUCGUAACAUUUGUAAACAACUCUCAAACGAAAACUUAAUAAUCAUGCCGUUUUAGAGAAAAAAUCGACAUUUUCACAAAACAAGCCGUUUCAUCAUCUAUUCGGGGACAUUUUUUGUCACGAUUUCAAUAACUAUCAAUGCAUUUUAUGAGUUCUACAUAUUAAAUCGAAAAGAUAAAAGCAAGGACUACUGCAAUACCGACAUUGCGAUUCUGAAGGCAGCGGUAGGUUUAGUCCUUUCGAACCGGACUCAUGUUCCUUGGGAGACAGUCUUGCCAUUGCAGGCUUCUUUUUGUUUGUUCAUCUUCUAUCUUUGUCUGAUCAUACUCCAUACAUACGUGUUGUUGCGUUAUCCGACAGUGGAAAUCGAAGAAAUUAUACCAAACUCGGAGAUCACAGAGCCCAACAUGACGUAUUUGACGAAGCCAUGUUGUGAAAAUACAGAGAAUGUUAAGAUCCACCGCCACUUCCAUAUCAAGCAGUUAUGUAGAGUACAAAGAGGAAGAAGUUCUGUUUGCACCCAGGGCAAGUCAAUUUCCUCCUGAACUUUAAUUUUACCAGUCUUCUUGUAAAAGCCUUCAAUUUAAGCCCUUCCACAUUGACGAAAAUGGCUUGGGAGUUGUUACCAUCACCAACACACACAGGAAGGACUGGGUGGCGUUAAGGUGAGCAUUUUCUUGGCGCGGAAAAGACGCGAAAGUUCUGGAUGUUUUAAGUAUCAGAUACAGCCAAAAAGAGACAGAACUACGAGGGCAAAUCAUUUUGAAAGGGCGGAAAAAUAUCUCCCCACUUUUCUCUAAAUCAAAGUCACUACUACUGAGGCCAAAAUUUUUUAAACUACAUCUCUGAAGUUAAAAUUCCUCCCUUAACAUUCAAAAUUUCCGCAAGUGUAUAGCUGAUUCACGGCUGGCUUGAGUCAUCGAAAAAAGGACCUGACACGAUAAUGCACGAGAGAGUGCCUGGUUCGUGGAGAGCGCAGACAGGCCUUAGCUUCUCAAGCUAGCCGUGAAUCAGCUAUAGCCUCCCUCCUAGAUUAGUUGAGUUCUUUCUUGCCUGUGCUCUUUAUUCAAUCAAGUCGAUAAAGCCUUGGAACUUGAGAGCUCUGCUAUCGAGUCCCCCAGGCGUUUAUCAACUUCAUCCGAGCAAGUUUCUGAUCCCGCCUCAACGGACCGUGUCUGUGAGCUUUCUUGCGUUAGCUCUCGCAUUUUCUUUCGGUUUUCAGAUGGAAGUGAGGUAUCAACCACUUGAGCCUCUCAAGGACAGGCCACAGAGCAAUCUCGUCUUCCAAUGGUUUUUGUUCUCGUUCUCAGCUCAAUCCUUCAAACAACUAACAGGUACAUCCUCGGAUCCAACGCUCCAACAAUGAACCUCAAUAGGAUGUGGAGCAAGCCUUAUGUUAGGAGCCCGUACGUUUUCUUUUCUAUUUGGAAAGUUAUCCAAUUGUCUUGAUUUCCGCACUCUCAGAUUGUCGAAAUUCAAGGAGACUGAUUUCAGAGCGCUUUGGAAGUUCUUUGCGCUGCCGAUAUUUCACGAAGAACCCUGCUCCGAGAAAAGCAACAGCGACGAUGGGAACAUCACAUAUUCUUGA